GACACGUGUCGAGGUACCGACGACCCCAGAACUCUCUCUCUCUCCGAAGCACCAUUUUCAAACUCUCUCUGUCCCUCCCUUUUAAAGCUCUCACUUUCUCCCUGUCUUCAAUUUUCUCUCUCUCUUAGGGUUUCUGAUAUGGAUGAUCUCUGCUGAAGAUUCAGCUGUAAUUUGCUUUUGAUGCAGAGUCUGGCAAAGUUGUAACAUUUUGUGCCACUUGUAGAACAUACUUAAAGCUAAAGGCUCAGCUUUGGUCCAAUUUCUCUCCAAAAAUUGCAGAAAAGUCGCAUCUUGUAAGCAUUCUGGUAAGGGAAUAAUUACAAGAACUGAAGCAUAUUGCCGUAAUUGGCCAUGGAUCAAUCAGAACAGACACAAAAUCAGCCACAGCAGCAGCCUGUGGUGGGAGUUGCAGCAGGUGCCAGCCAAAUGGCCUAUGGUCCUCCCUAUCAAACUGCUCCCAUGGUGGCAUCUGGAACUCCUGCUGUAACUGUUCCAUCUCCAACCCAGCCCCCCACAACUUUUGCUAAUUCCUCACACCAGCUUGCCUACCAGCAAGCCCAGCACUUCCACCAUCAACAGCAGCAGCAACAACAACAGCAGCUUCAGAUGUUCUGGGCCAACCAAAUGCAGGAAAUUGAGCAAACAACAGACUUCAAGAAUCACAGCCUACCUCUUGCUCGGAUUAAGAAAAUAAUGAAAGCUGAUGAGGAUGUUCGAAUGAUCUCGGCAGAGGCUCCAGUCAUAUUUGCAAAGGCAUGUGAAAUGUUCAUAUUGGAGUUGACUUUGCGCUCUUGGAUCCACACAGAAGAGAACAAAAGGAGGACAUUACAAAAGAAUGAUAUUGCAGCUGCCAUUUCGAGGACUGAUGUCUUUGAUUUCUUGGUUGAUAUUAUUCCAAGAGAUGAAUUGAAAGAGGAGGGACUUGGGGUCACCAAGGGUACUAUUCCAGUAGUGGGUUCCCCGGCUGAUAUUCCAUAUUAUUACGUCCCACCGCAGCAUGCCAUGGGACCUACAGGAAUGAUCAUGGGAAAGCCAGUUGACCAAGGAGCGAUGUAUGCUACGCAACAGCCUCGACCGCCUAUGGCUUUCAUGCCGUGGCCACAGGCUCAACAGCAGCAACCGCCCCAACAGCAGCAAACAGACUCUUGAUGACUAUGGACAAGGUAAGUGACGGGUGUUUUCAGGCACCCUUUGGAUUGCUAGAGAUGAAUUUCCAGUGGUAUCUUUUAGUAAGUGGUAGCUGUAGUGUUAGUUGAUAGCUGUAAUAUUAAGUGGAUGAUAACAAGCAUGUGAGAGGUGGUUGUAUUAUGUACGGGCGUCGUAUUUGCUCUUGUUUAGAAGUUUGUCUCAAUGUGGAUUGAUGGUUAGUUUGCUCUUCCAGUAGAGGAUGCAAAAAGCUUAUAACUUGUCCAAAAAAGAGGAAAUCUGUACUCAUGAUACAGCUAACGAGUGUUUAUUUUCAGUAUUCAACAGUGAUUGAUUUUAGAACCAAUUUGUGGUAGAUGCCUCUGCAUUGGUUCUAACUUCGUUAAUGCCUGAGAUUUCAUCCUGCAAAA